AUGUCAGUAUUAUACUCUAAACUAUCACCUUUAAAAGAUAUAGCAACAGGGUUUAUGAAAUCGUUGGGUAAAAAGGAUGCAAUUGUAUGUUCAGUGUUGGCUGGUGUAACACUUUGUUCAGUUUAUCCAUUUUUAAGAUAUACUCAAGGUAAUAUUCCAGAUUUAUUAUCACAUGAUACUUCAUCAAAAAUAUAUGAUUUGGCUCAAAUAUCAACAACCUUUCAAGAAUACACGGACGAGGAAUUAGAUUUCUUUGAAAGAAUAUCUUCUGUUUCUGGUCAAAAUAAUGCAUUUUGUAGACUAUUAUCAACAGAAGCAGAUAUUAAUAAUUUAAUAUGUAUAUUAUGUAAUCAUGCAGCAAUUAUUCAAGAUUAUGAAGUCCAAAGAUCACCAUUGACUAAAUUCCAAGUUGAUACUCAUUAUAAUAGUUUUGAUAGUUAUAUUCUUGGUCAUUUAGUUUAUACUAUUGAAAAUGUACUUUAUGUUGCACCACUUGAUGAGAUACCAUUUUCAUAUCUAAGUACAGUAUUAAAAAUUGAUAAUCAUAGAAUACCAUACCCAGUUAAAUUCUAUUUGAUGCAAGCAGUGGCAAGAGUAGUGAUUGAAAGAAAGGAUAUAAGAUUACCAAUUUAUUUUUCGGGGAUAUUCAAAACAUUGGCUCAAUAUGUAUUGGAGGAAAAGACUGGUAUUCCUACUUAUAAUACAAUAAGGAUCGCACUUAAUAUGAUGGCCAUCUACGCCACUAAUCAUUGUCUGGAUUAUAAUGGCUUUGAAGAAGAGGCAGAAACAUGGUCAAGACUUUUAGGUUUGUCGACCGUUGUCGGUGGUCACAUGAUGGCAUACUACUUUUUCACCAGAUCACAUGGCUUUGUACCAUUAAUAUUCCACUCCUCUGCUCUCACCACUAUCCUCUUACUCACUGGUUGGGUCGAUGGCGAGAAUGCAACCGCCAUGAGAAGUUCUCAUUACCAAAACUUUACUCAAGAUUUUCAAACUGAUAAAUUAAUAUUAAAUAUUGUCAAUAAAUAA